AUGAAUAAAUUAGUGUCAAUCAUUUUAGUUAUAUUCUUUUUGUUCCAUAAUUAUGCUUUAUGCUCCGAGGAACAUGAAAUUACUCACAAAACCUAUUUUGAUAUAACUAUCGAUGACAAGCCACUUGGAAGAAUCGUAUUUGGUUUAUAUGGAAAGAUAGCCCCCAAGACAGUAGAAAAUUUUGUAAGUAUAUGUAAAGGGACAGUUGUAGAUGGAAAAAUGUUACACUAUACGAAUUCUAUUUUUCAUCGUAUAAUACCCAAUUUUAUGGCUCAAGGAGGAGACAUAACUAAUUUUAAUGGAACUGGUGGUUUAAGUAUUUAUGGAAAAAAAUUUGAAGAUGAAAAUUUUAAAGUAAAUCAUAGUAAAAGAGGAUUAUUAUCAAUGGCUAAUGCAGGAAAAAAUACCAAUGGAAGUCAAUUCUUUAUAUUAUUUAUUCCUACUCCAUGGCUUGAUGGAAGACAUGUAGUUUUUGGUGAAGUAGUUGAAGGGUUAGAUAAAUUAGUACAUAUUGAAGCUGUAGGAACAGAUUCUGGUGAACCAUUAAAGAGAGUAUUGGUUAAAGAAUCAGGAGAAUUACCAUUGUAA